AGUGAAGAAGUGUCGCUUCUGCAAGGAUUCCGGUGUUUCUCUUCUCCCCCUUUUUUGUGUCACGAGCCAGGCAGUGUCAGAAUGAAACCUGUGACUCAGUGCUUCUUGAUAGUUUGGUGCUUUUGGUUUGCUGUUUGUUACGAGUCAACUCCAAGUAAAUUUGUUCAUAGUAGUCCUCACUUCCAUGACUGGAAGAAAUUGUACUUUGUUUAUCAUUGGCCAGUGACCGUGUGUAAGAUGAGCGAGAAUGAUUGCAACAAUCCGCCCAUGUAUUGGACAAUCCAUGGCCUCUGGACUGAUAAAGCAGAAGAUUGUAAUAAAACCUGGCACUUCAAUGUAACAGAAAUUAAGGAUCUCUUGGUAGACAUGAGGCAAUACUGGCCAGAUGUGCUUCACGAAAAUCGCACCAAGUUCUG